AUGGAAGUACAUCAAGAUUUAAACAGUCCAUACAUAUUAUGGCUAAAAACCCCUAAAGGCAUGGAUCCUGAUUUAGAAAGUGAAGACAAAGUAUGGGUUCCAUUGCUUCCUGCUGAUCAUACAUUCACUAAUUUGAAAGAAACAAAACAUUAUGAUUAUAUGUUUACAAUGUUGAGAGAUGAAUUAGAAGUUAAAGGAAAAUUCUCUAUACCAUCAUUAUUAGGAUUUGAUAAUGCUGAUAAUGUUAUCUAUUUGUGUGCAAAAGUAAUUGAAAAAUAUCCAUACUUAAUAAAUUUUCCUGCUCCAGUUGUUGAUGAUGAAGAUGAUGGAGAUAAUAAUCCAAAAAUACUUGCAGCUAAAAAAACUAAUGAAAGGGCAACAAAAGCUAUGAAAU